CUCUUCCCGUGCGCGAGCCCGGGAGAGGUGCAGCCUUGUCUCCAGAGCUGCGUGUGGGGCCCUUCGGGAGGCGGCGCGGGGCUAGCACUGCUCUUGCCCCAACUGAGCACAUUGCAUCUAGACCUCGGAGGCGUGGGCUGGCACGCGCGUGGAUUUUUCUGGGACAAAAUCCAGAAUGGAUGUUCAGAGAUGGUAUUUGAAAACUUCAAAGCUGGCUCUAGCCUUGGCAAUAAUUCACUCAAGACCAGCAGACAAAAGCAGCAGAGAAUACACAGAGCAUCUUGCCACUGUGAUGUCCCAGCAGGAGUUAAAGUGCAAGUCAAAAGUUGAAGCCUUAGAAGCUGAAGUUCUGCAGUUACGUCAACAACUUUUUCUGAGUAGCAUUUGCUCAGGAUUAUUUAAGAAUGGAGACCCAUUUUCCCAGAUGUCAUCUCAGGAGCUUAUAAAUUCUGAAAAUACAUUAACUCCAAUGGAUGAUUCUGGAUGUGGCUUAUCAAGUGAGACAAGAAGUGAACCUUCAGAGCUGUCCCAGAAUUUUAUGGAGAGCUGUAGCCCCUCACCCAUUAUGCCACUGCCUCUGAUGAAAAGACCUUGCACCACCCUGGAAAAUCCUCUGUCUUCCCACAUGCAAUUCUUGCAGCAUCUGCUGGAACUGAAGAAAUGGAUAGAAUCCCAUAGUCUGCAAGCUGACUUAACCCACUUUGAAAGAGACAUUUCCAUAGUCUCCAAUUCAGUUUUCCAGCUUCUGGAUGCGCUGAUCACUUUUUACCAUAAUCCGAAGCUUCCGUUUUCCAACUUUUGGACAGAAGCUGUUGGAACUUUGGCCAGACUUGGCAAUGAUUGUAAAUUAUCUAAUCAUAUUCUUAAAAAAUGUUCCAAGAAGUUGGAAGAGUUCCAGAAAACUCUCUUAGAGGGUAUUUUAGGGAACAACCAUAUAAACCGGUUUCAGGUUCAGAGUUAUGUUUCUCAGAGUCUGGUAACCCUAGGAAGUUGCAGCUUAUUGAGAAAAUCUACAAUUUCUCUACUUCUGUCAGAAGUAAACAGCUUUGUUGAUGAUCUGGUUGCCGUCAAUCAGGUGCAGGGCAGUUACAAUGUGCCACGCUAUGAGAACAUUGUCUUACUGUUCUGGGUCCUGGAGCAGCUUCUUCAGAAGAGGACCCAUGAAGACAGGAAUUCUCAUGUAGAUCACAGGGACAAAGAAGUGAUGAAAUUUCUUCAGAAGCAUGAUGAAAUUAUCUCCCAACUUUCCGAUGCAUUUCCAUUAUUUACUUUUUACUUAUGGAGACUGGGCAUUCUCUUGAACUCAGCAGAGAUAGAAACUGUUGAAAAUAUAUUGCUUCCUUAG